AUGGAGGCCGGUCAACUUGCUUGGCUCUUUGGAGUCGGCGACUAUGCCGUCCCGUGUACCGUGGUUGCCAAAAAGGGUAACAACUAUGAGGUCAAAAAUCAGCACACCGGAGCCGUCGUCUCAGCCGAUCGCAACCACAUCCGCCCCAUGGCCUACUCCUCCAUCAACGGUGAGCAGCCCUUUCCCGCAAUCCACGCCACGCCCCCUGCAACACACGACUCAUUUACCCCUCCCUCCCCCUUUUUUUUUUCGCUCCUUCCACAUGUGGCUGUCAACCCUUAUCAGUACUUUGAUAUUUACGGCAAGACAGUCGUCAAGCAAUAUGAAGGCCAACUUAUUGGUGCACUCCCUCCCCACAUUUUUGCCAUUGGUGCCGGUGCCGUAAUUGCUGUGCGCAACACUCGUCAGAAUCAAUGCAUUGUCAUUUCUGGUGAAUCGGGGGCUGGCAAAACAGAGUCCACCAAACUCAUCAUGCAAUACCUUGCAGCAGUCGAUGCCACCAAGACUGAAAAAGAAGUCAUCACAGAGCAGAUCCUUGAAGCCAACCCGCUACUGGAAUCGUUUGGCAAUGCCAAAACCGGCCGAAACCACAACAGCUCCCGCUUUGGCAAAUACACAGAACUUCACUACAACAAUGCCAUGCGCAUCUCUGGGUGCUCAAUCAAGCAGUAUCUGCUGGAAAAGACACGCAUCGUGUCCCAGCCAACCGGCGAGCGCAAUUACCACGUCUUUUACGAAAUGCUCACUGCACUUCCGGUGGCCUUCAAACAAAAACUGGUGUUGUCCAAAGCUCAAGAUUAUUACUACCUCAAUCAAGGCGAGGUGUUCAAGAUUGACAACAAGGAUGACAAUCAAGACUUUGAAAACCUGACUCGCGCCAUGGAGGUCUUAAGUUUUACCCCCAAAGAGCAAGAGGCCAUCUUCCGUGUCUUGGCCGCCAUCCUGCACUCGGGCAACCUACGCUUUGUAGCCAAGGCCAAGGACGGCCUCGAAGGCUCGGCCGUUGCCGAGGGCUUGGAAGAGCUCGUGGGCAUUGUCGCGGGCCUUUUGGGUGUAGGCGUCGAGGACCUCACCGAAAAGCUCACAUGUCGAACCCAUGUCACCCGCGGCGAACAAUUCAGCACGCCCCUCAGCCCUUCUCAGGCGCAAGAUGCACGCGAUGCCCUGUCCAAGGCCCUGUAUGCGAACAUGUUUGCAUGGCUCGUUGAGCGCAUCAAUGGGAUUGUCGAUCGCCAUCAGCGCGAAUACUCAAUCGGCAUUCUUGACAUUUUCGGCUUUGAGGACUUUAAGAUCAACAGUUUUGAGCAGCUGUGCAUCAACUUUGCCAACGAGAACCUUCAAUUCUACUUCAACCACCACAUUUUCAUGUUGGAGCAGGAGGUGUACAAAAAGGAGGGCAUUGAUUGGUCCAACAUUGACUUUAAGGACAACCAGCCCUGCCUAGACUUGAUUGUGAAAAAGCCGACCGGUCUUUUCCAUCUCCUGAACGAUGAGUCGACGUUUUCUCGCGGAUCUGACGAGGGCUUUUUGCAAAAAGCCAACAAUCAACACAAAGAUCACAAAUUUUACCUGCGACCCAAGACCCGUGACUCGCGCUUUGGUGUUUGCCACUAUGCAGGCAAUGUGUGGUAUCAGGUCGCGGGUUUCUUGGAGAAAAACCGCGAUCAGGUUCGCGACGAUUUGCGCGAGACCAUGAGCAGCAGUGAGCUUGAAUUUGUUCGCAAGCUGCUGGCUGACGACGAUGGUGCCGGCGAUACACCGACCGCCGACAAGCGAGGCCACCGAGGCAAGACAGCUGCGGCCCAAGCACGCCGACGCCCGACGCUAGCGGCAGUAUUUGCGCAGUCACUCAGCUCACUGAUUGACACCAUGUCCAAAUGCUACCCUUACUUUGUUCGAUGCAUCAAGCCCAAUACCCAAAAGAAACCCGACAUUUUCGAGCACCAACUCGUGCUGGAUCAGCUUCGCUAUUCAGGCAUGAUGGAGACCAUCAACAUUCGCCGCAAGGGGUAUCCGGUGCGCAUCGACUAUGAUCGAUUCAAUUUCCGUAUGUGGCAGUUAAGCACAGCUCAAGGCAUCAAAAUCUUUGGUUUCUCGGCCUUUGUGACCUGGGCUCGGUAUCGAGCUGUAUUCAAGGGCAGUAAACCUCCAUCUGAGCCCAAAGCCGCAGCCAAGGGCAUCGUAGAAAGCGUCGAUACUAUCUCUGCCGAUGAAUGGCAGCUCGGUCGGACUAGGGUCUUCCUGCGCGAAGCUGUGGAACUUCGCUUGGAGGAGGCUCGUGCCAAGGCUUUGCAUGACAUUGUCAUUAUCAUCCAGAAGAAUGCGCGACGUUGGCGACAGCGAGCUCGGAAGGAAUAUAUCAAGAAGCGUGAGGAGCGUCGGCAGAUUCGCGAGGCCGAGCGCGAGCGUUUGCGCGCGGCAGGUCAACGUGCUGUGGGAGAUGUAUCGCAACUGCCCUUGUUUGAGGAUUUGCAACAAUUGCUGGACGCCAUCGUGGAUGUCACCAAGGGCCUGGCCGGUGGACGCAUCGCGGUGGACGACUCAUUGCUUCAUGUCCUUCCACGAAGCGCCUUCAAAGCAUCGGAACUACCCGUGCCGGAAAUCGAAGAAGGCAUCGGUGGCUAUUCCUUCUCCAAGUUUGUGUCGGGCUACUUUCAGGAGGGAAGCUUGUGGCAAUUCUCGCGCCAUGAGCUGACGCAGCCAAAGUUGCAUCACAAAGAUGACAAGACAAAGCAGGAUGCCCUGCUGCUUUUCAAUGCCAUUGUGCGCUACAUGGGUGAUCCGCACCUCACCGAUGCCAAAGAGCGAAUCGUGGCCGACUACAUUGUCAUGCGUGGUGUGCUUGACACUGAGCUUCGUGAUGAGAUUUACUGCCAAAUUUGCAAUCAAACUUGGCUCAAUCCCAAUGACAUCAACGCAGAGCGUGGAUGGCAGCUGAUGGCGCUGUGCCUUGGUUGUUUCCCCCCCUCUGCCGAGCUGUACAAGUUUCUGUUGUGCUACAUCUCCACGCAUGCCCCAGGGCCCUUCCGUGCGCUGUGCCAGCACAAACUUUUGCGCAUAGCUGGUGGGCAGCCACGAAAAGUGAGCCCAAGCUAUCUCGAACACACGGCGGCCAGUCGUCCAGCUGCCAUGGCCAUUGAAGUCCACAUUCCCGGCUCCAACGAGGUUCAAAUUGUACACGUGGAUUCGUCUACCUCGGCCGGCACGGCUGGAAAUGCUGCAGCUCGACUGACGGGCGUGGCUAGUGCCUGCGGCUACACUCUCACCUUCGUCACUGGUACCGGUGAAGUCUUUGAUCUCGAAUCCCACACGCCCGUGAUGGAUGUGAUUGCGCGUCAGGAAGUGACACCAGCCAUGCGUGGAGUCAUGAAGGCUCAUGUGCCAAAGACCCUGCCCCGCUCCAUGGAUCAGCGUGACUCUCGUGCUGAUUUGCUUCUGGGCGUUGGGUCCAAGGGCUCGCCCGGUGUUAGUGCACUGGACCCCAGUGAUGUUCGUGCGGCCGUGGCCCAAGGCCACGUGCGCAAGGACAUGACGCCAGCGCAAGCGUCCGAGCUGAUCGACCACAUGUUCAACGACCUCCUGGACGAGGAUAUGGAUCACACGCGCGCUCGUCGCCUAGCUGGUCAAAUCCAAGGUUUGGGUGUCCCACCACCUCCGCCACCUCCACCUCCGGGUGGUGCAAGCGGUCCUCCGCCACCCCCGCCCCCGCCACCUCCGGGUGGUGCAAGCGGUCCUCCGCCGCCCCCGCCCCCGCCACCUCCGGGUGGUGCAAGUGGUCCUCCGCCUCCGCCUCCACCACCUCCUCCAGGCGCGAGCAGCGGUGCCAACUCGGCCGGCAUGGAUGCCCUCCGCAAGCAAAUUGAGCGAAGCCGCAGCACUCGAUCGGGCAGCUUGUCUCAGUUGAAGCAAGGAGCCGGUGGUCCACCACCCCCACCUCCGCCCCCUCCGCCCCCCGUCACGGGCAAUGCUGCUCCACCACCUCCACCCCCACUGCCUCCCACAGGCUCGAGCGCCCCAUCGGCCCCUCCCCCGCCAGGACCGCCGGUACCGCCUGGACCACCACCACCCGGUGUAGGGGGUGCUGAUGUGGAGAGUAUGUCUCGCGCACCGCCACCGCCACCACCCAUGACUCCAGCGGCAUCACUUCCUCGCCCAGGGGCCGCUUCACCGCCCCCUCCCCAGGUCCCAACGUCCGUGCCGCGAGUGGAGAGCCCCAAGCCUCCGGCCCCGCCUGCUGUGCCACCAGCCCCAGCCACUGGGCAAGAAGCAACCCGUCCCGCCCCACCUGCUCCGCCCAUUGUAGCCGUGCGGCGCAAUGACGUGCCUGUUGCGGGGCCCGUCUCGAUCCCCAGUGCUGGCCCGGUCAGCUCAGCCGGUCCGAUCCUUCCCAGCAACAAUGGCCACGGCGGGACCCGUGAGUUUGGCGCAUCGCGUGCACCCACGUCCACCAACUUGCUCGAAACCGCCAAUGUGGGCAUUGUCAAGCUGGACCUGGAUGAGGCGCUGGCGUAUGAGUCUGAACAUGUACCGUGGAAAUUUGUGCUGCGCAAGGAGAUUUUCCUGCCCGGAGAAACGGUUGAGGACGCGCGCGCCACGGACGUUGUAUUCAAUCAGAUUGUUGCGGACGUGCUUGGCGAGAGCCCGCACCCCAACAUCAAUGCGGAUGAGCUCGAGAACAUGAAGCGCGUCAUGUCCGAGACCUCGGUCAAACUGGACCCACCCACCCCGGUGGACGAGGCAGUCAAGCUGGACAUUGUCCGGCAAGCUAGAAGCUGGCCACGCUACUUCUCCCGCCAGUACAAGGUGGUGCUUGAAGACGCCGAGGGCACUGUUUUGGGUGCCAGUGAUGAUGGUCCGACAAGAGAACGCCACUUCUUGAGCGUCGGCCAUACGGGCAUGACCUUGACGACCCACCGCGCCACUAUUGUGGACCAGACUGGCGAGCAGCACCUCGAGGUCGCAACAGUGGACUCGGCCAAGUUUGAGGACAUCAAUCUAGAUAGCUGGACGCUGGGCUCGACGCUGUUGGUGGGUGCACUGUCCAAAACACGCCAUUACAUUCGCACACAAUAUGCGGCGCUCGUGGCCAGCUUGAUUGAGGGCUACGUCAUGGAAACACAACGCGAUGCCAAGUUUGCAGUUGCCUUGAAGGCUUACGAGGUGCGGGAUCAGACGUUGCUGUCCUUCCCUCGCGAUGCCGUCAUUACGUUGGGCCAGAAAGAGGGUCUGGAUCCGGGCUGGCUGUACGGCAGCUACAACGGGAACACGGGAGCUUUCCCCGAGACCUGUGUGGCCCCCAUCGUGGGUGAGCCAACGCCGCGCUCGAUUGACCAAGCGAAGCGCAAUGCCAAGACCAAGCGAGUCAACUCACAACAGCAGCUCACGCGACCAGGUUCGCGCAUUCAAGUGGACGAGGGUGAUGCAACUGCCGCGGCAGCCAGCUUUAACCGUCGUGAAUCAAAGCGACGUGCCCUGCGAAAGGGAGGUAGCCACAAGGCGUUGACCUCGGCAGGCAUGGGAGCCGCACCUGGCCACACGGUGCGCACGCGCGUGGGCUUGGUCACCGAUGAUGAACUCUUGCCCGAGAGCAAAUAUUCGAUGCUGCAGUUUGCCAAAGAUCAUUUCCGCUUGGGUCAAGAGAAAUACGAAAUGCAGCGCACUGAAUCCGGUUCGGUUCGCGGCACCGUUAAGAUGGUGGCCAAGAACAAGCGCCGUGGCAAGGACUCGGGCCCGGAUUGGUCGUGGGCCGAGUUGACUGCGCUGGUCAAGUUUUCAAAGUCGCCGAUUCAGGCUUCGUUGCUGCGCUUGCCCGACGAUGACACUGUCAAGAAUAAAAUGGCUUUGGAAAACUUUUUGAACGUGAUGCGCUUCAUGGGCGACUAUCCCGCAAAGAACAAGGAUGAGCGUGAGGUGGUCAACUUCAUGCUCACUGUGGCCACGGAGCAUGAGGAGCUUCGUGACGAGAUUCUGUGUCAGCUGAUCAAGCAGGUGACCAACAACCGAUCGGAGCGGGCCGAGUCGUGUGCACGCGGGUGGCGCUUGUUGAUGUUGGCGACGCAGUUUAUCAAGCCAACCUCAGCCCUUGAGCCGUACCUCAAGUCAUAUCUUCAGAAUACGGCCUUCCGGCUCACGCGUGAGUUUCAUGAUGAGGCGGCCAUUUGCUUGCGCAAUUUCAACCAAACGCUCAAGUUUGGCGGCCGCCAAAAGCUGCCAUCGGCGGCAGAGAUCCACGCCUUGCUGUUGGGUCGCUAUCAAAAGUUGCAGAAGAUCUUCUUGAUGGGCAACCGCGCCAAGUCGGUCAAGCUGCACUCAACGAUGGUGGUGACGGACGUCAUCAAGGAGAUGUGCGACAAGAUGGGUGAACAGCACGCGGAGGAGUACGGCCUAUACAUUUACACCAAAACGAACGCGCAUGGCAGCUUGCUGCAGGGCAACGACUACUUGCUGGAUCUGACAACGAUUCUGGAUGAGCGGCGGGUCGAGUAUCGCCUGUACUUUAAAAAGCUGCUGUGGUUUGCGCCAUCAUCGUUUGAGAACAACCUGUACAACCACAUGAUCUUUGACCAGGUGUUGGUCGACUUUAUUGACGGAAACCUUUUGACGAUGGGCUCGGUGGAUCGCAAGUAUGCAGAGACGGAGCUGCCGCGACUGGUGGUGCUGCAGCAUCUGGCGCUCAACCCGCAGCCGACGCUGGAGAACCUGCUGCUGGAGUUGCAUCGCUACAUCCCGCGCACGAUCGACGGUCUGUUAACGGAUGACGAGUGGGAGAGGAGUUUGACGCAGCAGCGGGCGCAGGUGGGCGACCUGACGCCAGCGCAGGCGCGCAAGGGCUUUUUGGAGAUUUUAUCCAAACUGGACAUGUUUGGGUCACGAUUCUUCUACCUGCAGAGCGUUAGCGACCCGCGCAUUGGUGGACCGGCUGUCCUUGCCGUCAACCGCCGGGGCUUGAGCUUCUUGCAUCGGGAUACGCGUACACCGCUGCUGACGUACAGCUACGAUGAGGUGGUGUCGACCCGCCGUCUGGCUUCGCAAUCGUCAGGCAAACACUUUUUCGACAUAAAGCUGGGCAACCUGAUGGUGCAGCGAACAACGCGGUGCGAGACGCGACAGUCGACGGAGAUCACGGCCGUCGUCUCGUGGUUUAUUCAAGCGCAGGCUGAGCGUCGGUAG